AUGCAUUGGAUUUCAAAGCGAUUCUCUCCACGCGGCUCCUUCACUGUUGCCAGCCGGGUGGUGCGUGAAAGGGGCGUGGCUUGGGCAGGGCUGGAUUCAGUGUGUUGUGUGAUGCCGCAGCGCCUUGAGCGCACUGCACGCGCACUCUGCCUCACCCUCAACACCGUCUUUUUCUUGUUGUCGAUCUGUCUAAUUGCCUUCGUGUGUUUGGCGGCGAUAAAUGCGCCUAAACCUGACAUCUCACCACAACCUCUCAACUCCUAUCCUCAGCACCAGCCAUGA